UUUUAAAUAGGAUCUAUAAAUUCUUGAGAGAACAAGCCAUAAAUUUAAGCACUACUCUUUAUACCUUGCAAGCACGGCCAAUUCUGGAAAAUAUUGUCGACGCUCGUCAACUGUAUUUGCAUAACUGCAGUGCACAGCGGAGAGAGAAACGUUAAGCGUAAGUAGCAGAAAAAGGGCUUGAGGUUUGGUCCAAUAGCACCAUGAGCUCUGCAGCACGUUCUUCAGAUGCCGCUGAAGCAAUGUCAGUGAGAGACAAAGUGAAUGCGCUGUUGAACGCCGGACGUGAAGGAAAUCUUGAACUUUUCAAAAAGAGAGCACAGUUACUUGAUGAAGGGCAAGGCCUAGCUGAGACUAUAGCUGCAGUGAAAGAUGCAAAUGGACGCGGUGCAUUGCAUUUUGCUGCAAGAGAUGGGAAAACUGAGAUUUGCAAGUAUCUGCUGGAAGAGUUAAACUUAACCGUAGAUUCGAAGGAUGAUGAUGGUGAGACUCCUCUUAUCCAUGCUGCUCGAAUGGGACAUUUAGAUACAGCUAAAUACCUUUUGGAGCAUGGUGCAGAUCCUGCAGCAACUUCCAAUCAAUUGGGAACCACAGCUUUGCAUCAUGCAGCAGGGACAGGCUGUGUAGAGUUGAUAAAUUUAUUAUUAUCAAAGGAGUUGCCGGUAGAUACUUCUAGUGAUGCUGGUUCACCACUACUAUGGGCUGCAGGCAGUGAUAGACCAGAAGCAGUGAAAGCAUUAUUGGACCAUGGAGCAAAUCCAAAUGCAGAGACAGAUGAUAAUGUCACUGCAUUAUUAUCAGCAGUAGCUGCCGGUUCACUUGAUUGUGUUGAACUUCUUGUGAAGAGAGGUGCCAAUGUCAAUGUUACUGCAGGUGGAGCGACACCCUUGCAUAUUGCAGCAGACAAUGGAAAUGAAAAAAUGAUAACCUGCUUGCUUGAGGCUGGAGCCAAUGCGGAUGCUAGAGAUGAUGAAGAUACAACACCUAUUCUUGUUUCUGCUAGCAAGGGAAAUCGUGUAGCUGUAGAAAUCCUUUUCCCUGUAACUUCUCCCAACCCAGCCAUACCAGAGUGGACUGUUGAUGGACUUCUCUCAUAUGCACAACAUGAAACUGCAAAGCAACAGGAGCUGCAUGAAGGAUUUGAUCAGGAGUCAAAAGAGGCUAGAGAACCAAAAACAAAAGCUGCAGAGGUUUCACCAGAGAAUAAGCAGAAGUCUUUGGAGGCAAAAUCUAGAGGGGAAUAUGCAUUCAAGAAUAAGGAUUAUUUAAUGGCAGUAGAUGCAUACACACAGGCCAUUGAUUUGGAUCCCAACAAUGCAACAUUGUUGUCAAACAGAGGUCUUUGCUGGAUUAGAUUGGGACAAGGUGAACAGGCAUUAGUUGAUGCAAAAGCCUGCAGGGAACUACGUCCUGAUUGGUCAAAAGCAUGUUACAGGGAAGGAGCAGCAUUGCGUCUGUUGCAGCGUUUUGAUGAAGCUGCAAAUGCAUUCUAUGAAGGAGUGAAGCUUGAUCCCGAAAAUAAAGAACUUGUUGAUGCUUUUAGGGAAGCAGUUGAAGCUGGGAGAAAAUUUCAUGGAAAAAAGUAAUUCAGGAUUCUUGUCCUAUCAUGAGCGUUUGGAUGAGACUCACUUUGUAGGUUGAUGCUGCAAGGCGAGUCAAAAAAGACUGCACCGUAGGGUGGAGAUGCAACUCAUUUAAUUGUCUUUAUCUGCAUAAACUGGCCUCGGAGCACCAAGUUAAGGCUGCAAUUGGUAUCUCAGUGUGUCCUAAUGAUUGAGGGGAUAGCAAUUGCUUUCCCAUUAUUUUUGUAAGGAGCAUUUGAUCUUGAACUGCAAUCAGUAUUUUAAAUGCCGAUGCACUGCUUACACUUUCUUUAUUUUCAAGAUUUGUAAUUUAAGCCAGACUUAAUGUUAAUGUAUUGUAAAUUUGUCCUGAACAGAAAUCUUGUUAUGUAUACAACUAUCUAUUACCCCUCUGUGGUUACUGGCUUCUUAUCAGCUUGGACCGGCGCUCUUCCAACACAGGGUUAAGCCACACUUUGAUGACUGUUAUUCACUGCCUUCUGACUGCUACUAUGUUUCCUUCCAUGGAAUGGCUAAGAUUUGAACAUGGGACCUACCAUUUAACCACUGGAGUGCUACCACUGUGCUACCUGUUCUUUUUGUGGUCCAGAAUUUGAAUUGUUUGCAACACCCCCUGGCAAGAAUUGCUUGGCGCUUUUGGUAAGGAUUUGAUACCAUUUUUUUUUUA